AUGGCUGCUACUGUCGUGGAUACCACCUACUACGAACUCCUCGGAGUCGCGCCAGACGCCACUGAGCUCGAAAUCAAAAAGGGCUAUCGUAAAAUGGCUAUCAAAUAUCAUCCUGAUAAGAACCUCGAUGAUCCUAACGCCGAUGAAAAGUUCCAAGAGAUUAGUGAAGCCUAUCAAGUCCUCAGCGAUAAGGACCUCAGAAAACGCUACAACCAGUUUGGUAAGGACCAAGCUGUUCCUGAAGCCGGUUUCGAAGAUCCCUCAGAACUCAUCAGCAGUAUCUUUGGUGGCGAAGCCUUUUUUGACUUAAUUGGAGAAAUCUCGCUUAUUCGUGACAUUACGCGAUCCAUGCAAAUUGCUACAGAAGAAGAGGAAGAAGACGAAGAAUUUAAACCAGCUGCCACUGCCACAACUUCUUCCACUGAUGACCUAGCCACCAAAACUGGCCAACUCGCCAUUACAGACGGUUCCACCAUAGAUGCUACUCCCACUCCUACUCCUUCUUCUACAACAACAACACCUUUGGCUGAAAGCUCCGCAUCACACUCCUCACCUUCCGGCCUGCCACACCAGUCCUCCUCAUCUUCACCCCCACCACAAAGUGAUGUUGAUUCCAUAGCUUCCUCUGCUACCGAUGCCAAGUCUAAGAAUAAAGACAAGAAGAAGAAGGGUAUUCUUUCCGAAAAACAAAAACAAGAAAUUAAAAAGCUCCAUGAUGAGCGUGAUACAGCUCACCAAGAACGCGUUGACAAGCUUGUUGAAAAACUCGUCGAAAGACUUUCCGUCUACACUGAAAGCGACAAGAAACCCGCCGUCACAGAAUUCUUCCGAAAACAACAAGCUGAUCUUGCCGCAGAGCUCAAAAUGGAGUCUUUCGGUCUUGAGCUUCUGCACGCCAUUGGCCACACAUACUACACCAAGGGUUCCAACUUCCUCAAGUCACAAAAAAUGUUGGGCAUGGGUGGUGUCUUUGGAAAAUUUAAGGAAAAGUACACAGUUGUUAAAGAUACCUGGAACACGAUAUCUAGCGCCAUUGAUGCGCAGUACACUCUUCAGGACAUUGCUAAACUAGAAGAAAAGGGUGACGAACUCACAGACAUUGAAAAGGCAGAGCUUGAGCGCCACGCAAUGGGCAAGAUUCUAGCUGCUGCAUGGAACGGUUCGCGUUUCGAGAUUCAAAGCGUUCUCCGCGAGGUCUGUGACCGUGUUCUUUCUGAUAAAUCUGUCCCUGCAACUACACGUAUUGACCGUGCCCGAGGCCUUAUGAUUGUGGGUGACGUGUUCCGUCGUAUUGUGCGCUCUCCUGAAGAGGAAGAGGAGGUACGUGUUUUUGAAGACCUUGUACAGGAAGCUGCUGCAUCUAAGAAGAAGAAGAAAGAGCACAAGGAAAAGGGAGGAUUUUUCCACAAGGAAAAGGGAGAGGAGACUAGUUCUACACCAGUCUCUGGAACUCAUUAA